CGCGGAGUGUCCCGCGGUGGGCGCCGGGGCGGCCGGGCUGCUGCCUUCUCCCGCUGUGGGCGCGCAGAACCCAGCGGGCCGACGGCGGCCGGCCGACGCCGAGACGCCCCUGGGGUGGCUUUAGCGUCCUGUUGCGCCACGGCCGCCCCGCCGAUCGGGUUCCUUCGGGAGACUUCGACUUGUUCGAGACCUGAUGGCCAAAAGAAAGGAAGGAAAUUUCUUCUCUCCUGGAAAUGCCAAAAGACCAAGACAAGAAGAGCUGGAUGAUUUUGAUAAAGAUGGUGACGAAGAUGAAUGUACAGUUUCUUUCACUAAUGGUACCUCUACUUUGACAGCAGCAGAAGUUGGAAUAAUUGAGAGUAUUCAGCUCAGAAACUUCAUGUGUCAUUCGAUGCUUGGACCCUUUAAAUUUGGUUCUAAUGUCAACUUUGUUGUUGGCAAUAAUGGAAGUGGGAAGAGUGCAGUGCUCACAGCUCUCAUAGUUGGUCUUGGUGGAAAAGCAGUUGCUACUAACCGAGGCUCUUCUUUGAAAGGUUUUGUGAAAGAUGGACAGAACUCAGCAGAUAUCUCAAUAACAUUAAGGAACAGAGGGGAUGAUGCCUAUAGAGCCAAUGUGUACGGUGACUCUAUAAUUGUGCAACAGCACAUCAGCAUGGAUGGAAGUCGAUCUUAUAAACUGAAAAGUGAAACAGGCGCCUUGGUUUCCACUAGGAAAGAAGAACUGAUUGGAAUUCUUGAUCAUUUUAACAUACAGGUAGAUAAUCCAGUUUCUGUCUUAACGCAAGAGAUGAGCAAGCAGUUCUUGCAGUCUAAAAAUGAGGGAGACAAAUACAAAUUCUUUAUGAAAGCAACCCAACUGGAACAAAUGAAGGAAGAUUAUUCAUACAUCAUGGAAACCAAAGAAAGAACAAAGGAGCAGAUAAAUCAAGGAGAAGAGCGACUUACUGAACUAAAGCGCCAGUGUUUGGAGAAAGAAGAACGUUUUCAAAGUAUUGCUGGCUUAAGUACAAUGAAGACCAAUCUGGAAUACUUGAAACAUGAAAUGGCUUGGGCAGUGGUCAAUGAAAUUGAAAAACAACUGAAUGCUAUCAGAGACAACAUCAAAAUUGGAGAAGAUCGUGCUGCUAGACUUGAGAGGAAAAUGGAAGAACAGCAGGUCAGACUUAAUGAAGCAGAAAAAAAGUACAAGGAUAUUCAAGAUAAACUAGAAAAGAUUAGUCAAGAGACAAAUGCACGAGCACCAGAAUGUAUGGCAUUGAAAGCAGAUCUUACUUCUAAGAAAAGGGCCUAUAAUGAAGCUGAGGUUUUAUACAACCAUUCCCUAAAUGAGUAUAGAGCAUUAAAGAAAGAUGAUGAGCAGCUUUGCAAAAGAAUUGAAGAACUGAGAAAAAGUGCUGAUCAGUCUUUGGAACCUGAACGGUUGGAAAGGCAAAAAAAAAUAUCUUGGUUAAAAGAAAGAGUAAAGGUCUUACAGGAUCAAGAAAGUUCAGUCAAUCAAGAGAUCGAACAAUUUCAGCAAGCCAUAGAAAAGGACAAAGAAGAACAUAUCAGAAUUAAGAGAGAAGAGUUAGAUGUGAAGAAUACACUGAACUAUAAUCAGAGGCAACUGAAAGAAUUGAAAGACAGUAAAACUGAUCGACUGAAAAGAUUUGGCCCUCAUGUUCCAGCUCUUCUGGAAGCCAUAGAUGAUGCUUACAGACGGGGGCAUUUUACCUAUAAACCUGUAGGCCCUUUAGGAGCUUGCAUUCAUCUUCGGGACACUGAGCUUGCUUUGGCUAUUGAAUCUUGCUUAAAAGGACUUCUGCAAGCCUAUUGUUGCCAUAAUCAUGCUGAUGAAAGAGUGCUUCAGGCACUGAUGAAAAGGUUUUACUCACCAGGGACCUCACGGCCACAGAUAAUAGUUUCUGAGUUUCGGAAUGAGGUGUAUGAUGUAAGACACAGAGCUGCUUAUCAUCCAGAGUUCCCAACAGUUCUGACAGCUUUAGAAAUAGAUAAUGCAGUUGUCACAAACAGCCUAAUUGACAUGAGAAGCAUAGAGACAGUGCUGCUGAUCAAAAAUAAUUCUGUAGCUCGUGCAGUAAUGCAGUCCCAAAAGCCACCCAAGAAUUGUAGAGAAGCUUUUACUGCUGAUGGUGAUCAAGUUUUUGCAGGGCGUUAUUAUUCAUCUGAAUAUAAAAGACCUAAGUUUCUCAGCAGAGAUGUGGAUUCUGAAAUAAGUGACUUGGAGAAUGAGGUUGAAAAUAAGAAAGCCCAGAUAUCAAAUCUUCAGCAACAUUUGUCUGCCCUUGAAAAGGAUAUUAAACACAAUGAAGAACUUCUUAGAAAGUGCCAACUACAUUAUAAAGACUUAAAGAUGAGAAUAAGAAGUAGUAUUUCUGAAAUUCGGGAACUUGAGAACAUAGAAGAGCACCAGUCUGUAGAUAUCGCAACCCUGGAAGACGAAGCUCAAGAAAAUAAAAUCAAAAUGAAAAUGGUUGAGAAAAAUAUGGAACAACAAAAAGAGAAUAUGGAACAUUUUAAAAGUCUGAAAAUAGAAGCGGAAAACAAGUAUGAUGCAAUUAAACAGAAAAUUAAUCAGCUAUCAGAGCUAGCAGAUCCACUUAAGGAUGAAUUAAACCUUGCUGAUUCCGAAGUGGAUAACCAAAAACGAGGGAAACGGCAUUAUGAAGACAAGCAGAAAGAACACUUGGAUACUUUAAAUAAAAAGAAACGAGAAUUAGAUAUGAAAGAAAAAGAACUAGAGGAGAAAAUGUCACAAGCAAGACAAAUCUGCCCAGAGCGGAUAGAAGUAAAAAAAUCUGCAUCAAUUCUAGACAAAGAAAUUAAUAGAUUAAGACAAAAGAUACAGGCAGAACAUGCUAGUCACGGGGAUCGAGAGGAAAUAAUGAGGCAAUAUCAAGAAGCAAGAGAAACCUAUCUUGAUCUGGAUAACAAAGUAAGGACUUUAAAAAGGUUUAUUAAAUUACUGGAAGAAAUAAUGACCCAUAGAUAUAAAACGUAUCAACAAUUUAGAAGGUGUUUGACUUUACGAUGCAAAUUGUACUUUGACAACUUACUAUCUCAGCGGGCCUAUUGUGGAAAAAUGAAUUUUGACCACAAGAAUGAAACUCUUACUAUAUCUGUUCAGCCUGGAGAGGGAAACAAAGCCGCUUUCAAUGACAUGAGGGCCUUAUCUGGCGGUGAACGUUCUUUUUCCACAGUUUGCUUCAUUCUUUCUCUGUGGUCCAUUGCUGAAUCUCCUUUCAGAUGCCUGGAUGAGUUUGAUGUCUACAUGGAUAUGGUUAACCGGAGAAUUGCGAUGGAUAUGAUACUCAAGAUGGCAGAUUCCCAGCGCUUCAGACAGUUUAUCCUGCUUACCCCUCAAAGCAUGAGUUCACUUCCAUCAAGUAAACUGAUUAGAAUUCUUCGAAUGUCUGACCCUGAAAGAGGACAGACUACGUUGCCUUUCCGACCUGUGUCUCAAGGAGAAGAAGAAGACCGGGGUUGA